AUGGGCAGCACAUCUGAUGAUCCCCCAAUGACAUCCACCACCAACACCACCAACGGCGAUGCUACCAUCUCUUCCCCCAAUGGCACCAACUCCUCAGAAGAACAAUCCCGCAAAGAUGAAGAAGACAUCCCCUACUGGAACGUAAACGUCCCCCCCCAUCUCCGCACUCAAACCUGCCCCUCCUACCUCCUCAACCUCAACCCAAAAGACCUCUCCAUAAUCUCUACCCCCGACUCCCACUACGAAAUCGAAUCCUGGCCCACGGUCCUCUCCAAGAUCCGGUCGUACCGCCCCGACCUCUUCCAGCGCAUCCCCUCGGACCUCCGCCGCUACCACGAGUUUUGUUAUAAUAUCAAGCAGCGGUACGGGUCCGUCAUGAACUUUAUCCUCUCGCAGCGUCUCGGCUGGGAGCACCCCAUCAUCCCCAAGGGUGACGAGCCGUUUGAGUGUGAGGAGGAUGUCAAGAUACUCCGGAAUGACUGGCCGUAUGGUAUAGAUGGCAAGAUUGUCCAUUUGGUGGUGUGGGUCAAGUUUGAGCUCGAGGCCGAGGGGGAAAAGGGGGAUUUGACGGAGAAAGAGACAAAGGUGGUGGGGGAGUGGGUGAGGAAGAAGUUUGUGGUGGAGGGGGGGUUGGAGGAGGGGAGGGUUGUUUGGUUCAGGAAUUGGACCUGUUUGAAGUCUGUCAAGAGUGUGGAGCAUUUUCAUGUCAUGCUGUUUGAUCCAGACAAAGAGUUGGUGGAUGGGUUGACGGGGGGGGAUGUGCCGCUUUGUGAGAGGGUCAAGUUGAGUAUAUGA